UAGCUGUCGAGUAAAGUCAGACGUGUAUCUUUGCGUCAAACGGGAAGUUCCAUACAAAACAGCCGCAAGAUGAAUCAUGUUAUGUCGAGUCCUCCAUUGAGCACAACAUAUUACCGUGCGGUACAUUACUAAUGAAUUUAAACGAAGAUGUCAACCGACUUGAUGUUAGACUUCGGAAACCGCCAACAAUACCCAAUGAUGGAUAGUGAGACAGGCACCAUGUCCAUCGACCAGGGAGGAGAGUGGGACAUAAGCCUCUUUGAUGAGCUGGACAAUCUGGGAGAUACAGAUGAGCUGCUUGAUGCCCUUGAGAGAGCUGCCUAUGCCAACGAAGGUCCACAUCUGGACUUUGACAUCGACAUUCCUCUGUGGAAUGAAUUGGACACAAGCAGCACCUGCACAGAUGGUGAGGUGAGUGUGGACUCUCUGUCACCUGCCCACACUCUAAGUUCUGUCCCCUCUCCUUCCUCUGUGGAAGCCUUCUCUCCAUACUCCUUACAAGACGAGGCCCUGUCUCCACAGUCGCAGCCCUCGCCCGUGUCAGUCUGUUCAGAUUCCAGUGGCUUUACUGAUAUCGCCCCCCCUGCUAAGAAAGCCGCAAAGAGGACCGGUCAGGUGACACGAGCUAAACCAGCUCAGCCAGCCAAGAGGCCGAUUCAGAUUGGCCCAAAGAUUUCCAUCCAGCCCAAACCGGUGAUUACAGCUGUGCCCUUGGCUCAGGCAGCAGCUCCCUUGCAGACCAAGACAAUCAUCAUCCAGCCCCUGCAGACCACCGUGCUUCCUGUGGUCAAACAAGCUCCUGUCACCAUACAACCAGCACCCCCUGCAGGUCGUCCCAUUGUGCUGUCUCAGCCGAGCCACCUAGUGCAGAUCCAGACACCUCAAACCAUCUCCGCCAAUGUGGUCACCAUGCAAACCCUCAGCCAGGACAAGCCUGUCCCUGUCGCUGCUCCACCGAUGGUUCCCGUCACCCUUCGGACCCCUUCCUCCGACGAUGAUUCAAAGUUGUCCCAGAGGCAGCAGCGAAUGAUCAAGAACCGCGAGUCGGCGUCCCUGUCUCGGAAAAAGAAGAAAGAGUAUCUGCUGUCGCUGGAAGCUCGCCUGAAAGUGGCGUUGUCUGAGAAUGAGGUGCUCAAGUGUGAGAAUGGCAACCUCAAGAGACAGCUGGAGGGCCUGCUGAGUGAGAAUACAAUACUGAAGGCAACAGCACCCAAAAGGAGAGCUGUGUGUCUCAUGGCGGUCCUGGUGUUCCUCGUGCUUAAUGUUGGACCAAUGAGUCUGCUUCAAGGUGGCCCUGGCUCCAAGCUGGACAUUUCCUCUGUGCAGCACAGUGGCAGACAUCUGUUGGGAUUCUCGCCAGAGGCGGAAAGUGAGCUUGUGAUGGGCCCCGAGGACCUCGUCAGAGCCCCCCCAGAGAUGGCCGACAGCUCAGAGGAUAAGGCCCUGAUGGUAGUGAAGGAUCCCAUCUUUCUCAGACCACCUCCCCCCUGUCAGCCUCCCGUUAACAGGACCAAGUGCAUUGAGUUGGCGCAUGAGUUGAGGGGCUGGGUCCACCGUCAUGAAGUGCAACAGACCAAAUCUAGGCGUAUGAGUAACAGCAACCACAAACCCACCAGGACCAUUCUGAAAACAGAAACAGAGAAUAAGGAUGCAGAGAGUGCCCAGAUCGUGACGGUUCAGUACACAGAGACAGCUGAGGAAAAGAAUUCUGGCAGCGAGCUACAGAUAUACUACGCACCUCAGCGCACCUACGGGGACUUCUUCGAUGAGCUCAAUCGUCGCGGUGACACUUUCUACGUCGUGUCUUUCCGUCGGGAUCAUCUUCUACUUCCUGCCACCAGCCACAAUAAAGGAAGCCGACCCAAGAUGUCUGUGGUGUUGCCAGCCAUGAACAUAAAUGACAGCAUCAUACGGAACAAGGAGUUUGAGGUGAUGAUGCAGAUCGACUGUGAAGUAACGGACACCAGGAUCCUCCACAUCAGGUCUUCCAGCAUCCCACCUUUGCUCCGGGUCAACGACACAGACACGCUUUACCAGCACUCCCCGACUGACAACAAGGCUGCGCCUCCCGUCGGUGUGCUAAUGGGGUCUGCUUAAAAUCACAGCCACAGUUAAUUCGUUUUUAGCGUGGUGAAGGAUAUUUUAAAUCUGGUCUCCCACCACUGACUUAAACAAAUGUGCUCUGUAGAAAUGUAGUCAUUGGAAAACAAAGGAAGCUCAAAUCGCUGGCUCUGGUUGACCCCAUUCUUUACCAGGGUAUAUCCGGUAAACACUGGAAUCUCCCUGUAACCACAGAUGCCCCACAUAAGAGCAGUUGUUUGACUCUGAGUCACGCCAUUGUAACACAAAUAUUUUUAUAUAUAUUUUUUUUUUAAAUCUUCCAUUUCCCAACAAGCUGCAAAGCCAGAGCUUAGACAACACAUCCAUGUGCACUUAAAACUUUCCCGACUUCAGAAAAAAAUACAGUGUGAUGUCAGAGUUGAGAAGCACAGGUGUUUUAAUCAUCGCUACGUCUCUCUAAACAUAAAGCGGAUUUUAUCAGUGAAAUAAAGAGCAGGACGUGGCACCGCCGCAGCAGAGGUAUUCAGGAAACUCAGGAAUUGAGGUGAUCUGUGAAAGCUGGCCUACUAACCACUUUGUUAGUUUCUAUUUAUGGAAGGAUUGUGUGUGCUUUGUUUUUAAGCACUCUAUUGAUGAAGAAUUUCAGUACUUAAUUUUGGGGUCUUUGCACUGUGUUUUACAUAUACCGAUGAACAGAUUCAGAUACUUUACAUAUUUAUUUCUAUUUUUAUGUAAAAGUACAGUUAUGUGAUUUAAUGUAACUUAAUCACUUCUGUCAAGAUUUCUUGAUGUUUUUUUUUUUCUUUGACUACAGAAAACUCAGUGACAUAUUGUACAGUGAAUAAAAAGUGGUGGCGUGGAGGCAAAUACAUAGUAGAUGUUAUUUCAGUGCCAGUUCACUGAGUGAAAUUUUAUCCUAGAAAAAUCCUCAUCUACUCAACUGUUGACUUUUUCACAUGCUGAUGAUGGACGUCCAAAACAAAACAUUCAGAGUUCUGCUUCCACAGACUAAAUUGUGCUCCUGGAGCUGUUAAGCUUAUAUUAAAAUGGAGAAUUUUAGUACUAAUUUGUGGUAAAGAUUUGCACUAUAAAUGCAAUGAAAUUCAAUUCUAGCUCUAAAUGCCUUAUAUUCAUGUGUGUUUUGUCUGCCUGUAAAUGAGAGGUAACUUUGGUAUUAAAUGAUAAAUUAUACAUGAUUAUAAUUUAGUAAGCUGUCUUAUAUUCCAGGUCUGUUUUGUACGUUGAUAUAAUGUCAUAUACCUGUGAUAAAGUGUGUUUCUUUUAGCUGCAGGAUUGUACAGAUGGUUGUGUUUUAGCUCAACAGAUGCUCAUAAAAACUGUGCAGAAAGUUGUCUCGUCUAAAGCCAGGGUUUCUCUUUCUGUGUAUUUUUUUCCCUACUCCUUUUGGUUUGAAAAAUACAUUUGAUUCACCGCAGUGUUUUCUCUACAUCCCAGCUGUACUUAGGGACAACAAAAAGUUCGUUUUUUUUGUACUUAAUUGUCCGCAUAAACCAAAAUAAACACUGGAUUUUCUCAAAGUA